AAAGUCCAAUGCGAGAAACGGGUAAGAGCUCGACCAGCCCAAUCCACUUGCUCAACAAGGCAUACGUUAUCCAUUCAAUUCUGGUAGAAAAUACAGUUUUGUAGGCAUAUAUAAAGCUAAAAUAAAUAUCCUAAUACCUGGAGCUUUCAGAUAAACCUCACUCUUCACUGUGUGUUGCGGCUAGGGUUUCGUUCUCUAUCCUCAUCUUCCCUACACCUUUAGUUAUCAUUUUACAGUUCACAGAUCUGCCGAUUAUGCUGAAGAUAAUGACGAUUGAAGAGUUAAUUUAGCGGUUUGUGUUCGAAUAAUCUGAGAGCCAGCGUUUGGUGCUGCUGAGGUCGAUAAUGGCGACGCUUAAUCCGUUUGAUUUGCUGGGCGAUAACGAUACGGAUGAUCCGUCGCUGCUGAUUGCUGCUCAGCCGCAGAAGGCCGAGCCGAAGAAAACCUCGGGUUCGUCGGGGAAACCGGCGGCGGCAGCAAAGGGGCCACAAUCGCAGAACAAGGCGGCUGCAGCGCCCAGGCUUCCCUCCAAGCCUCCACCGCCAGCUGAGGCUGUAAGAGAGGCAAAAUCCGAAUCUGCACGAGGUGGCCGAGGUGGUGGCCGUAGCUACGGGCGUGGUCGUGGUGGCGGCAGUGGAUCUUACAGAGACUCUACCUCCAAUGAGAAUUCGUAUGGCAACAGGGAAAUAUCUGUUGGUCAAGGUGCGCCCGAUGUGUUUGAUUCUGGAAAACCAUAUGCAAGGCGUGGUGGAUAUAGUGGGCCCCGUGGGCCCUUACGUGGUGGCCGCCAGGGUGGUUUCGGCAAUGGAGAUGGAGAAUUCCGUGAUCGCAGGGCAUACGAGCGGCGUAGUGGAACUGGGCGAGGAAAUGAAAUCAAACGCGAGGGAGCUGGCCGAGGUAACUGGGGAACACAGACUGAUGAACUCACUCAAGUGACCGAGGAAGUUGUCAAUGAAGGUGAGAAAACAGUGGAUGUGGAAAAGCCCUCAGGAGAGGAUGCUGUUGCAGCUGAUGGAGACAAGGAAGCUGCUGCAAAUGAAGUUGAAGAGAAGGAACCUGAGGAUAAGGAGAUGACAUUGGAAGAGUAUGAGAAGCUUCUGGAGGAGAAAAGGAAGGCCUUAGUGGCCCUUAAAACUGAGGAGAGGAAGGUUGACACAGAAGAGUUUGAAUCCAUGCAACCACUUGCAAACAAGAAAGCUAACGAUGAUAUAUUCGUCAAACUGGUGAAUCCAUUUAACUCCCUACUGAAUGAAUUAGUGAUUGUCACUGUCUUGAUUGCCUCUUGAUCGAUUUUCCUGCUAUUGAUGUCUGGAAAUAUGAUUCAGUGUCACAUAAUUUACUCCUUGUUUGCAAAUAAACAUCUACUUGUGUCAGUUGUUGUGUGUAGGUUAAAAUGAUUUAAAGUUGUUGACAUACAUAGAUGUUUGCUCUCUUAUACCUUGAUUUUUAUUGUUCAUUUACAGAUCUAUGAUCUAUGUAAAAACUCAUUGGAGUAAUGAGAAGUGUAACAAAUACUAAUCAAGUUCAUCUUUUUUACCAACCAAUUUAUGCUUUACAAGCUCAUUCCGUAAAAACCGAGCUCGAGUUGCUUUUCAUGUGGACUAUCUAUCUAUCAACACACUACACAAAUUUGACCAAUCUAAAAAUUGCAAAAACAUUAGUAUUGCAUAGAAUUCGAUCUUCCCUUUUGUACUUCAAAAGUUGACGAUUUAUCUGCAUUGAACCCAGCGACCGUCUUUGGCGACCCCAAAACCAAUGACGGACAACGAAAAUAACUUAAUCGAGAUAUUGGACGAAAAUACCCCCAUAGACACGAACAAGUACAUAGAUUUCGUCCAAUCCCCACAAUGUGGGGCCAUCGCGAC